GCUCGUCUCAACCAGAUAUCUUGGUCGCCAAUACUCCUAUGAACUGCACAAAGAUAAGGUCCAUGGUCUCACACCAAGAGCCCCACGAGUAGCUUUCAAGCACUCAAAACAUCACAUCGUUCUUCGCAACCAGCUACUAAUCGAAGCUGCGCACAAUGUCGUCCAACACAUAUCACGAUCUCUAUUUCUCUCAUCGGACAGAGUCCCCCAAGCUGGCUGCCUCUCAUCCCAAGCGCUACGUCCACAAGAAAUUACGGCAAACUGAUGCCAUUCGCGUCCUCGAGCUUUUACCAGGAAUGCCUGGCGCAGUCUUAUUAUGUUGAUUGUUCGAAACAGACCAAUCGAUGUCUGAUGGCGGGUACGAAACUCUCUCGUACGUCUGGAGUAAUCCCGUUCCUGCAUGUCAUCUGCGCGAUACGGAGAGCGACAGUGUAUUAUCUAUCACGAAGAACUUAUGUCUCGCGCUCUAAGCCCUACGCUACCCGGACCGGAGCCGAAUCCUCUGUGUGGAUGCAGUCUGCAUCAACCAGUUGGACAACGAUGAAAAAAGCCACUAAGUCAAGAACAUGGACUCGGUCUAUACGAAUACAAGUAUGGUCAUCAUGUGGUUGGACAAUGGGAAGUUUCACGAAGCUGUUUAGCAGUUGCAUUGGCUUGAGGAAUCUUCUGAAAUUGAUUUCUCGAUGGCAUAUCCUGAGCCUGCUGACUUUGUUGACAGCAUUGUCGCUGCAAUUAUCGUAAUUGUCAGCAGCGAAUGGUUUACUAGGCUAUGGGUGAUACAAGAGUUCAUCCUUGCUGCUAAUGUGCAGAUCUGGGUCGGUGAUUGUCAGGCCUGGCUGAUGAUAUGUACUAUCCUGCACCCUGAUCAGUAGUUCACUGAUCAUACGUACCUUUUUGGUUGCAUAGCGUAGUGGUGCAGGGCUGCGUUCUGACAGUGAUCAGCAUAUUAAUUACAAGACAUUAGAGAACGCGAUAAACAAGCUCUACUCACGAAUUGUUAAAUGGAAACCCAAUCUUGCACUUAUCAGCGCC